UCGCUAUUUAUUUCGUCUACCACGGAGUAGAAUAAAAUAAGUCGUAUUUUUCUAUCUUCACCGCUUCUCCUCCUCCAAAUCUUCGCCGAUCUCUCUCUACAUCUCCGAUCAACAAUGAGCAAAGGUCCGGGACUUUUCACAGAUAUCGGCAAAAAAGCCAAAGAUCUGUUGACGAGAGACUACACCUCCGAUCAGAAAUUCAGUAUCUCCACUUACAGUGCCUCCGGCGUGGCCCUUACGUCUACUGCUCUGAAGAAAGGAGGAGUGCAUGCUGCUGACGUUGCCACACAAUACAAGUACAAGAAUGCUUUGUUCGAUGUCAAAAUCGACACUGAUUCUAGUGUUUUGACAACUGUCACAUUCACCGAGAUCCUCCCAUCGACAAAAGCCAUCGCCUCCUUCAAAGUCCCCGACUACAGUUCUGCCAAGCUUGAGGUCCAAUACUUCCACGACCAUGCAACAGUUACCGCUGCUGCAGCUUUGAAACAGAACCCAUUAAUCGACAUAACAGCCACUCUCGGUUCACCAGUCAUCUCAUUUGGUGCUGAAGCUGGAUACGACAUAACCUCCAAAACUUUCACCAAGUACAACGCCGGAAUCAGCGUGACAAAACCAGACGCAUGCGCUUCCAUAAUACUGGGAGACAAAGGAGACUCGAUCAAAGCAUCUUACCUUCAUCACCUGGACGAAUUUAAGAGAAGCUCAGCUGUUGGUGAGUUUUACAGGAAGAUCUCGACAAAUGAAAACACUAUAACUGUGGGUGGAUUGUAUGCAAUUGAUCAUUCGACUACAGUGAAAGCUAAACUCAACAACCAUGGCACGCUCGGUGCUCUUCUUCAGCACGAGGUCUUGCCUAAAUCAGUAGUGACUGUUUCCAGUGAAAUCGACACCAAGGCGUUAGACAAGCAUCCAAGGUUUGGUCUCUCUCUUGCUCUCAAACCUUGAGAAUAUACACACUCAUAAGACUCGCAUGAGUCUCCGAACCUUUCUCGUAUCCUCUCGAGAGUUUACGUCUCUGUUCUUUUUUGUUUUGGUUUUUGGUUUUUGUUUUGCGAAUAAAUAGCUCCGCAGUGAAAUUGACGGAUAAUUCUUUUUCGGAUAUGGUUGGUUUUUUUUGACAUUUUUCACUAAGCAAUAUUCUUUUCUUGGUACAUUAAAA